AUGUCAGCAGUGUUCAACAACGCUACCCUGUCGGCCGUAAUCGGUCACGGCAAGUCUUACUCGGAAACGCUACAAAGCGUAAUGUUGCACCAGCCCCAGCUCAACCGCAUGGAGCAGUACUGGGCUGCGUGGUACAGCUACAUGGACAACGACGUGCUGGCCACUGGUCUCAUGUUCUUUGUUCUUCACGAGUUCAUGUACUUCUUCCGUUGUUUGCCAUGGGCCAUCAUCGACCAAAUCCCCUUUUUCCGCCGCUACAAGCUGCAACCCACCAAGAUUCCAUCUGCUAAGGAGCAAUGGUACUGUCUAAAGUCCGUACUACUGUCUCACUUCCUAGUUGAGGCCAUUCCUAUCUGGACUUUCCACCCAAUGUGUCAAAAGCUCGGUAUCUCCGUGUCUGUGCCAUUCCCAACUCUCAAGACCAUGGCGUUGCAAAUCUCGCUAUUCUUCAUCUUGGAAGACACCUGGCACUACUGGGCCCACCGUCUCUUCCACUACGGUAUUUUCUACAAGUACAUUCACAAGCAACACCACAGAUAUGCUGCUCCUUUCGGUUUGGCUGCUGAAUACGCACACCCCGUUGAAACUCUAUCUCUAGGUUUCGGUACCGUCGGUAUGCCAAUCUUGUACGUGUUGUACACCGGUAACUUGCACUUGUUCACAUUGUGUCUAUGGAUCACAUUGAGACUAUUCCAAGCUGUCGAUUCCCACUCUGGUUACGACUUCCCAUGGUCUUUGAACAAAUUCUUGCCAUUCUGGGCUGGUGCCGAGCACCACGAUUUGCACCACCACUACUUUAUUGGUAACUACGCUUCCUCCUUUAGAUGGUGGGAUUACAGCUUGGACACCGAGGCUGGUCCAGAGGCAAAGGCUGAAAGAGAAGAGAGAAUGAAGAGAAAGGCUGAAGAAAAAGCCAAGAAAGCUAACUAG